AAGCAGCCGCCUGCUAGCCAGAACCCAAAUGGAGCAUUCCCCGUCUCAAGAUACUUUCAGCCAGCUUGCAGCCAUUCUAGAAUCUGAGAGCAGUGACCUCUCUGAGGAAGAUGGAGAGGAAGAGGCUCUUCUCCAAGAACGGGAUGAGGCCAAAGAGAAACUGGCAGAAUUUGAACAGGCUUCUCAGGCCUUGCUGGCUGAGCUGUCCUCCUUGGAGGACGAGUACGAAAUCGAGAAGAGAUGCCGAGAGCAGGCGGAAGCCUACGCAGCUCAGAUGAACAGGGAAAACAUGAAGCUGAAGCGGAUCAGUGCGGCUUUGCUGCCGAUGCUCAGCCCAGGAGACUUGGUGAGCUCGAGCAAUGAGGAUGAGGUCCCCGGUGAGCCACUGCUGGAUCCAGUGUGCCAGUAUUGGCAGCAAAUCAAAGAUCUUCAAGCCAAGGUCUCCCAACUGUGGUGUGAGAAGAAGGAACUGGCUACGCGAGUGAAAGAACUGCAGGAUCUUGUCCAGCACCUCCAGGAGCAGCUAGAAGAGGAGUCCUCUGAGAAGCAGUCCCUGCAGGCUUUUGUGAAGCACCAUCAGCAGGCUUUGAAGAGGGUCAAACGAGCGUCCCGGCUGGUCACCAAGGAGUAUGGCGAAGUAUCUCGGCAGCUGGACCUAGAGCACGAACUGAGGCAGCAAGCAGAGGAGUUUGCUCGCCAGAUGCUGGUGAAGCAGGAGAAGGCCAACCGGCAGAGUACGAUCCUAAUGCAGAAUGCCGGAGCAGACUCCCAGCUUCUCCAAGCACUGGAAGAGGUGGCAAAGAUGGCCGGGGCUCUGAAAGAAGUCACGCUGGAGCACCAGGCCAAGGUGAAGGAUCUGGAGGCCCAGCUAGCAGAACGGCCACAGCUGGAAGAACUGCACAAGCUCCAGGCUGCCCUGGACGUGGCUGUGGAAAAGCAAGUCUGCCUCGAAAGGCAACUGCUCCAAGCUGAGGAAAGAAACACAGAGCUGGGGGACAAAGUGAAAUUGCUGGAAGAAAAUGCCAAGCUGGCAGAUGCCUCCCCUCCUGGACCAUGCCCCACGGCUCCCCCUCCCCCUCCCCCACCUCCCCCUCCUCCCCCACCUCCCCCUUGUGCUAGUCCAGUGGACCCCUUGUUGACCAUCAGGCAGAGGAAAGGAGCACAGAAAGCAAAGCGUGGCACAGCGGACUGCGGCACUGAUGACUGCAAAGCGAAAGCCGUGGAGGAGAUGAUGGCCCGGAUAAGAAGUGGGGUGGUGCUGCGGACAACCAGAGGGGAUGCAGAGGCCUUGCCCAAGUCUGUGGCUGCAAGCAAGCGCAGGAGCACCGUGAUGGAGCUCCAAGGCCUCCUGAGCGCCAUGAACAGACCUACUAGGAAAUCCAGCCAACGUAAAGGCAGCCAGAAGCACAGAGACACCCAACUGGAGUCCAUAUUGCAGAGACGCAGACGGAUUGUUGACUGCCCAUGCCAGGCCCAAGCUCAACAACAGCACCCUGCUGCCGAAGCAACAGGCCACAGGACACCUCUCUACCCUGGGGUGGCCACAACGAGGGUCCCCUCCCUUCCAGAGGCAGAGCUGCCGAGAAUCCCUUCUCCCAACAUGCAGCCCUGCCCAGAUACCAGCGAAAGUCAGCCAGGUGACUCGGGCACAGCUGCAGCCAGGGCCCUCCAGCACCCAGAGGAGAAGAGUCCCACCCCACGCCCAUGCCAGCAGAGAGUGAUGUGUCUUCAGACAAGCAGGAGAAUUGCUCCUUCGCCUGGGAACAAACACUGAAGCUUCCCCAGAUGUCAGGUCGACUUUGCACAUUUCUUUGGAAAGGCACAGUCUGCGGACAGACGUGAUACAAACUCAGCUCAUAGCAAAUUCCUUCUCUGAGAGAUGAAAUGAUAAACAUGCAUAUUGGCAAAUAAAA